AUGCACCAGGACGGCCUGUCAGAAAGGUUCUGUGGAGAGGGGGUGCCUCUUUGGGCAGUCCCCAAGGAGCACACGUUCCCGCUGCCCCUCGGGCUGCCUUACCGUGGACAAGGUAAUGACGGCCUUCCGACACGCAGCCAAUGCGCCAAGCACAUGUGGUACACGUACCAGGCAGCUUAUGCUUCAGGAGCUGCGUACGAGCGUCUCUACACCAACCAGGACAACUUGACAGAUGCCUGGGGAGCUUUUUGGGCCAAGGUCCUGCAGAGCUUCAAAGGGUCCCAAUCCCUUCUCGGGGUGAACAUCAUCAACGAGCCUUUCGUGGGCAACCCCUACAAGGAUCCGGCGCUGAUGGUCCCAGAGGCCGCCGAUCGCCUGCGGCUGCAGCCUGCCUACGACAUCGUGGCGCGCCACAUCCGAGCCGCUGACCCUGACUCCAUCAUCUUCUUCCCCGGGACGACAUCGGAUCGUACGGGCAGGCCCUACACGGAUUUCCUCCCGCAGGGCUUCCAGCAUGCGCCCGGCGGGAAGGAGUUCGCCGACCGCGCAGUCAACUCUUUCCAUUACUACACACCUCCUCAGUCGGACAGCCACGUGAAGCAAUACUUCCAAAAGCGCAUCAAGGAUGCCCGACGCUUGGAGACUGGCCUCUUCCUGACGGAGUCGUGCUGCGAGAAGUUCUUCCACAAGGUCGCACCCGUGGCGGAGUCCCUCGGUAUGAGCUGGAUCCACUGGGAGUGGAAGCAGUUCUUUCGGGAGACGGAGGCGUCGCGCACGUCGCCGGACCAGAAUGCCGCCUUUGGCGCCGACAAAACAGGCUGCGGAGGACUCUGGGUCAUUCCGCCAGAGUGUGCUAAAUUGCAGGAAGCACUGGAGGCAUUGCCGCCGCCAGCGCACAACGUGUUUUUUGAGGAGCACAUUUGUUUGUUUACUGAUGGGUCCACUUACGACAGCACGGGCAUUCCGCGUAGUGCGUGGGCAGUGGUGUGUACGCGAGAGGGUUCCCUUGACAAUGCGAUUGUUGAGUCAGCGUGCCUGUGUGGGAAGCAAAGCAAUCCAAGAGCAGAGCUCACUGCAGUGCUGGUGGCGUUCCAACAUGCGGUGACGGCAGACAUUUACUCAGAUGCCCUCGGGGUGGUCAGGGGUGUUCGUCGUUUGUUGAGGGAGGGGUGGCGAUAUAAGUACUGGGGAAAGCAGGUGAAUCUUGAUCUGUGGUGGUUGGCUUGGCAGCAGAUUUUUUCCAAACCCGGGCCUUGGAAAAUAUUUCAUGUGAAAUCCCAUUCGGACCAUCGAAUGGCUGUUGAUCAAUUUAGCAAGUGGACAUUCUGGCAUAACGCAGCUGCGGAUGAAGCAGCCAAGGCUGCCCACUUGAAAAGAAGCGUGGAGUUGAACCAAUGCUUUGAGCAGGCAUCAGCCGCAGCUGCUUCCCAACGUCACGCUGCCGCUAAACUCUUUGCAUUCCAUGAGGGAGUGGUGAAACAAGCUGGAGGUGAUGAAAAUCCCCAGGUGCUUUCCGUGGGUGGGUUAGGGUUUGGGGUGGGUGGAGAUGGACAAAUUGACCUUAUCAGGGAUUUGGGCGGCGUGCAAGUACAGACGUGUGUCCAACCUUUGCUGGAGUUCGACGAUUGCUUGAUGGGCCCGCGUUUUCUGUGGGUACUGCAGAAGUUUUUCUUGUCUCAGUCAUGGAAGCAAACACAGUCGCCUGUGUCAGUGCUGGAAAUAUAUCUCGAAUUUGUGGCGCAAACCGGCUGGAUCGCACCAGCCAACACAGCUAAGAUGGAGUCUGCGACAUUGCCUCUACGCCAUCGAAAUAGCAUCCCGUCUUCGUGGGUUCAUGAAUCGGAAUACCCAGCUCUCAAGCUUUGUCGGCCUGCGCUCGGGAAGCAGGUAGCCGUCUUUCUGCAUGCGAUUAAAGAACUGUUCAAGCGCACGCAAGCUGAGCAUAGCGUUGUACAGGAAAAGGCCUUGAGUGUCAUAGGUCUUUCAAGACGAGUGCCGGCUCUUUAUAUCUGUCCAAUGACGAUAGAUGCACAGGCUAUCCGGCUGAAGUCUGUUAUUGGGAGUGACAAGUACGACUUAGUCGUUAAACGGCCGUAA